GCAGUUUUCUUUUGUGUAUUGAUUUUUUCGUCGAACGCGAUCAAGUAUUUCCUUUGUUAAUAGAUUAAUUGUUGAAAUAUAAAUUAAACAAAGAUAUGGGAGCAGCUUUCUUUCCUGUAUUAUUUUUCACCGCAUUCUGGGCAUGUGUUGGCAUCGGCGUACCAAUGAUGACACCAAAGGGACCCCACCAAAGUCUCUUUCGUUGCAUUAUGAUGCUCACUGCAGCGACUUGCUGGCUUUUCUGGCUAUGCUGUUACAUGGCUCAGAUGAAUCCACUACUUGGACCAAAAUUAAACCAAAACACUAUAUAUAUGAUUGCAAAGGAGUGGGGCAGUGAACUUAAGGACGGUUAAAUGAGUGUAAUACAUUUAUUACUAUUUGUUAUAGAAAGGCAGACUUAUGCUUAUUAUUUAUGUAAAUACCUUAUUUCCAAUAUUAAUUAUAGAAAAUUUAUUGUGUUAAGAUGGUGAUUCAUUUCAAAAAUUGUGCAUUCCUCUCAUAUUUUAUCAACUUGAUAACGAAAUGCAUUCAAUUGCAAUGAAAAUGUAGCCAUAUUAUAAAUUAUACUCUAGAAAACAAGUUCUUCAAAUAAUUUUCGGAAAAUGUAUUAAUAAAUAGAGGACCUAAUAAA